AUGACAUCCCGAGACCGCGUGGCUCUAGCCAAGUCCCGGGCAGAGAGGUCCCGCCCUCCCACAGUGCCCAUUCCCCAGGUCGAAAUCGUCCCGGGGCGCUUGUCAGAAGGAGACUGGCUCUCUCUGCUCUCCUUUGAGGAGGCGGAAGAUAUUGUGGGGGACAUCCUGGCCGGGCUGAUGGAUCAGGGCUUGGAAGAAUGCUUCAAGGUCUAUCUGACCCGUCAGUGCAUCCCCUUCGUCAUCAGCCAGGCACGGGAGGCCAUGCUGCAGCUCAUUGAGUGGCGCUUCCUGGUACGGGACGAAGGCGAGAGUGACGUGCCGGCAGAUCCCACCUGGCAGGAGGAUGAGGAGCCGGCGGCCUGCAUCACAGACUCCUGGGCCCAGGGUUCUGUGCCUGUGUUGCAAGCCCUGCCGAGUCCGGAGGAGGGAGAGGUUCCUUUAGCUGAACCCCCAGAGGAAGCUCUGGCUGAAGAGGAGGUGCCUGGCCAGGUGGAUCCCGCUCAGGUGCCCCUGGGAUCCCUUCGGUGGGAGGGGGAGCAGUUGCCCCCGCCGUCCCUGCAGAAGGUCAAGCCCGUGAAGUCGCACAGCAGUAGGGUGCUGUCCAAGCCCGGAGUUGAGCCCCAGCCUCCAGCCGCCGCUCCCACAACACCUGCGAAGUACGGGCUUUCCUUCCAGCCCUACUCUGGGCCUCUGCACUCCGCCAGGUUUGACUCCAUCGUGAAGCCCCUGCCUGGUUCUGAGAAGGCGCUGCUUUUGCAAGAGCUGUCCCAGAUCCCCGCGGAGGACAGUAGCGUGCUGUGUAGCUCCCAUCCGCUGCUGCCCCCGUCCUGCAGCAACCUUCUGCGCAUCCAAAUGGGGCGGCCGCCCAACAUCAAGGACGUGUUCUACGACAAGUCCGGCAACGUCACGCUCGUCCCUCGCCUGGACCCGGCGCGUUUGCCCAAGCGGUGGAUCAAGCCGACCGUGGAGGUCGUGGACCCGGACGUGGAGUCCCAGCGGCAAGAGGCUCUGAAGUCUGUCUCGGGCCGCUGCAGGCAGCGGCGCCAUCCCAAGCUCCGAGCGGCCGGAGCAGGCGCGGUGGAGCUGGGCAGCAGCGUCCAGCCGCAGGGGGUGCUGUGGGAUGGGCCAGCUACGGUCUCGGGGAAGAGCCUUCCUGCGCAGGCGGCUUGGGCCCCCCCUCCGCCAGGGAGCAUCCUCGAGCCCACCAGCCUGGUCUUUGUCAAGCCCACCCUGCUGGUAGAGAAGGUCGAGCUGGCCCCAGGGGUGACCAUCAGGCCCGGAGGCAGCACCAGCCGGCACCUCCCGCUUGCUGCAUAUCGCGAGGAGGUCGAGAAGGUGCGGGGGGAGCUCCGCCCCAUCUGCCCGCAGCUCCCGUGCCCCGCAGCUGCUGUGGACCAGCUCAUCCCAGGGCCGCGCCCCCUGCUGCCACGGACCGGGAGGUGA